ACUUUCUUACAAUUUAACCCCGGGAGUGAUGCGGUUUGAUGACAGGUGCCCGAUGCACAGCGCAUGCCCCGUUCAGUUCAGAACGCCAUCUUGGAAUUUGAAUGUUGUGAAUUCGAAAACUGGUUGUGCAGAUAUCAUUGAAGAAAAAACAACCCUGUAGUUCAUAGACGGUUUCGGAGGCCACCUUUGGUUCGAGGAGGCUUUGUAUUUUCGACUCAAGGAGAACCUGAUUUGAACCAUGAGUACUUACCAGAUGAACUCAGGAGGGGGAGGCGGCAACACCAGAAUGAUGAAUCCGGGAAGUGGAAACUACAUGGACCUACCCGACAUGCGUGAAAACAAACAACAAGAAACCAUGAUGUGGUCACAGAAUACGUACAUGCAGGAUUCUGGAAUCCACUCUGGUGCUACAACACAAGCCCCAUCCAUCAGCAGUAAGGGUGGAAUGAAAGACGAGAUGGAGGAACCGACCGCUACCCAGGACAACAUGGACACUUCCAGGAUGAUGUUUGACUGGGACCAGAGUUACAAUCCUGGCUACACACAGGAGCAGGUCGAUGAGGUGAGCCGUCAGCUGAAUCAGACGCGUACUCAGCGGGUGCGGGAUGCCAUGUUCCCGGAAACCCUCGACGAGGGCAUGCAGAUUCCAUCCACUCAGCUCCAUCCUGAUGAACCCACUGCCGUUCAAAGACUCGCAGAACCAUCGCAGAUGCUUAAACAUGCUGUCAUCAAUCUCAUCAAUUAUCAGGAUGAUGCCGAUCUUGCCACAAGGGCAAUUCCAGAACUGACCAAACUUCUGAAUGAUGAAGAUCAGGUGGUGGUCAGUCAGGCCGCCAUGAUGGUCCAUCAAUUGUCGAAGAAAGAGGCUAGUCGUCAUGCGAUCAUGAACUCGCCACAGAUGGUGGCAGCUCUUGUACGGGCCAUGAGCAACACAAACGACAUGGAGACAACUCGAUGUGCAGCUGGCACGCUCCACAAUCUCUCACACCAUCGACAGGGACUUCUAGCCAUAUUUAAGUCAGGUGGAAUUCCAGCACUUGUCAAGUUAUUGAGCUCGCCCAUUGAAUCUGUCCUAUUUUAUGCCAUCACAACACUGCACAACCUUCUCUUGCAUCAAGAUGGAUCCAAGAUGGCUGUUCGACUUGCAGGAGGUUUACAAAAAAUGGUAGCAUUGCUUCAGAGGAAUAAUGUGAAAUUCUUGGCCAUCACCACAGACUGUUUACAAAUUCUGGCCUAUGGCAACCAGGAAAGCAAGCUGAUAAUUUUGGCAAGCGGCGGGCCUGGUGAGCUUGUAAGGAUCAUGCGUUCAUAUACAUAUGAGAAACUGCUGUGGACCACGUCUCGUGUUCUCAAGGUUUUGUCUGUCUGCUCCAGUAACAAGCCAGCCGUUGUUGAAGCUGGAGGUAUGCAGGCACUGGCCAUGAACCUUGGCCAUCAAAGUCAGCGUCUUGUACAGAACUGUCUUUGGACAAUCAGAAAUCUGUCCGAUGCUGCCACUAAAUGUGAUAACUUGGAAGGACUGCUCCAGAUGCUGGUACAACUCCUGUCAUCAAACGAUCUCAAUGUUGUCACAUGUGCAGCAGGUAUUCUGUCCAACUUGACUUGCAACAACCAGAGAAAUAAGGUGAUCGUGUGCCAGGUUGGCGGUAUUGAGGCUCUCGUCCGUACCAUCCUUCAGGCCGGUGAUCGUGAGGAUAUCACAGAACCAGCGGUGUGUGCCCUGCGACAUUUGACUAGUCGUCAUCCAGAGUCCGAGAUGGCCCAGAAUGCAGUGCGGCUCCACUACGGUCUACCAGUCCUGGUCAAACUUCUCCACCCACCAAGCCGCUGGCCUCUGAUUAAGGCAGUAGUCGGCCUUAUCAGGAAUCUCGCCCUGUGUCCAGCCAACCACGCCCCACUCAGGGAACACGGAGCACUCCCUCGUAUUGUCCAUCUGUUGAUCAGAGCCCACCAGGACACUCAGAGGAGAGCUUCAAUCAGUUCAAAUGGCCAGGGAUCAGGAUAUGUUGAUGGAGUACGAAUGGAGGAGAUCGUAGAAGGAACUGUCGGAGCUUUACACAUCCUUGCUCGAGAGGCCCACAACCGUGCUGUCAUCCGAGGACUUAACUGUAUCCCACUAUUUGUGCAGUUGCUGUACUCGCCAAUAGAAAACAUCCAGCGUGUGGCAGCAGGAGUCCUUUGUGAACUGGCCGCGGAUAAGGAAGGAGCCGAGCUGAUAGAACAGGAGGGAGCCACAGCACCUCUCACGGAACUUCUGCACUCCAGGAAUGAAGGAGUCGCCACAUAUGCUGCUGCAGUCCUCUUCCGUAUGUCAGAAGACAAACCCCAGGACUACAAAAAGAGACUCUCUGUUGAAUUGACCAGCUCUCUAUUUAGAGGGGACCAGAACAUCGCAUCCUGGACUGAGCCUCCAGGUUUUGACGACGUCGGUAUGAUGGGACAUGACGACUCGUACAGAGACCAGAUGUACCAGCCUCAGCAUCAUGGCAGCCAAGGCAGUAUGCACAGUGGAAGUCAGCACGAUAUGAGCAGGGGUUACGAGCCCCAAGUGCCCAUAGACUCCAUGCAGGGACUUGAGAUCGGCAGUCACCAUGGCAGCCAGUACGGGGGUCCCAUGGACAACAUCCCCGAUCUUGGAGCUCCACCACAAUCUGGAGAAUUGAAUUUCGAAACACUUGAGCCGUCUCUGCCUCCUCAGCAAGGUGGCAGUCAAGGAAACAUGGACAACUGGUAUGACACAGAUCUGUGAGGCAUGUCAUGCCCAACAAACCAGGAAGGACAUUUUUCUCAAGGUCAUCUGGGUCAAAGUUCAUAUAAACACUUGUGUGAUGCCAAAUACUUGGACUAAAAAACUUGAACCCAGAGUCCGGGAAUGAUAUUGGAACAAUCCCAUUUCUCAAAUCAGUCUACUGUUUCAUGAAGCAUUGUGUCUGUUUGUUACGAAAAAAACUGCUGCAUGGUAGAAUUUUGGAAUUGGUUGAAUUCAAACACUGCUCAUGGAGCUACAAAAUUUGUUGGAUUCAAACACUGCCCAAGGAGUUACAAAAUUUGUUGGAUUCAAACAGUGCCCAUGGAGUUUUAGCAAAAAUGCAAAGUUUUCAGACUAAUUCCUUAAACAUAUCCUUCAUGGAGCUUUUUGUUUUUUGGUGGGAAACAUGUAUAAUGUCAAGAUUUUAAUUCAUAUAGACAGUUUUUUUAUGAGUGGUUGAUAGGUUGAUACUUCAAAGAAGACUGGUACUUGUAACAAAGCCAACCGGACCUAUGGAGAAUUAAUAUUCAGAGUUUACAAACUAAGGUUGUCGUUUACACCAUAGCCAAGACUAUUAAUAAUCUUCAGUGUCAGAGUCUUUAAUUCAUGAUUCAUGCAGUUGUAUUUAUACAUUUAGCAUAUUUACUACUUGGAUAUUGUUUACAUUAAUCAUUAAUAUUUCAUCUUUGGUGAUAACCAAAUAAAAAAAACACCACAUAUUUUUUACACAUCACUUUUCAUAAAUGUCUCUGUACAUUUCAUCAGGUCUCUCGGAAACUUGUCUCCAUUUGUCUUGAUGAAAAUUGUUAAAAUUCAAAAAAGCUAUUUUCAAAAAUUUCUUAGCAACAACAAAAAUGAAUUAAUUUAGAGCAAGUCUGAAAAAUGAUUGAGUCUUGGAGCUUUGGAUUUGAACAUAAAUGAUAAGAUGUUUGGCAAAAGUUAAGUGAGUAUGAAUAACUGAGAGACCUGUUGAUUGGACAACCACUGGACCAGAGGUUAAUGAAUGUAAAUAUUCAGUCAUUCCAAAAUCACGUCCAUCCAUUCGAGGAGAAAAAGAACACAUCACAAUAUUUCACAAGUUUCAUUCCUGUCAAAUUUGCUAUUUGAAACAUUUGGAUUACAUUUUGAAUUGUUCAUUGAAGUUUGUUGAAUAUUUAAUAAAUUUACAGUAUAUUGUAUUGAUACAAGCAGAGGUCCAGGAAUGAUUAGACUUUAUUAAGCUUUGUUGUUGCCAGUCAAAUUUUAUCUCAAAAUAUUUUAACUUUAAUGUUGUGAUGUGAUUUUAAAAAUUUCAUUUUAAUCGCAUGUGCCUAUUGAACAAAAUCAUACGAGCCCUACAUAUCAGAUUAUCGUAAAUCUAUUUAGGCGAAUAUUGUAUCCAUCCAGCUAUUGCAUCUAUUUGGUAUCAAAUCAUGUUCAUCUGUCAUAUUGUAUAUAUAUUUCUGUAAUUAUUUUCGAAAUGUUUUUUUUCUGUCUUUACAUUUUAGUUAGAAUAUAUUAGAAAUAGACUUUUAUUAUGUUGUUUUUACAAUUUCUUUCUUUCUCAAACUCUUUAUUCUGAUUCGUAGACAACGUUUAGGCAGAUGAAAUGAAGGUUGUUACCGCAAUAUAUAAAUGCCGUCGGUCAGUGAUGAAAUGGAUAACUUGUAGAUCAAGUCACAUUUAGAAAUAGUGUAUAUGCAUGCUCUAUUUAAUGAAAUAAAGAUGGCAUUUUUGUAAUAA